UUAUGAAGCACAACCCUAACCCUUGCAUCUUUGGAGGGUCUGUUACUCGCGACUCGCAGAGCAAGGCUUGCCUCACUCAUACCCAGGCAACACGCAAGUUUCAUUCCACACGCUCGUAGUUCCAUCGGCCAGUCGCAGACGAACCUCAGCGAGAAGAGGAUCAUAUCCUUUCGGUUUAUCGGAUUUUUAGAAAGUAUCAUCUGCGGAAACAGAAAUGUCGAACAGCAGUAGGGCGAAAAGAAUACUGGAUUGCGAUAAGUUCAGCGAUCAGUUUGUUACUGCAAUUCGCGCCUUACGUUGCCUUAUGAUUUGUAUGGGAAUUUGGCCAGACAAAAAACAUGACAAAUUGUACUAUUUAUUGCGGUGCUUCCAUUCGGUAGGUUUAGUAUUUCUACUUUCGGGUGAAGUGUGUUGGCUCACCAAUGUUAAGGAUGAUAUCGAUGAAUUCUUUGCUACCUUAGGCGUGGCAUGUGCGUUAUUUUACGUUCUCGGAAAGUGGCUUACAUUUUCUUGGCAAAAAGUACUAAUCAGAAAACUGACGAAAUUUAUGGAUGAAGAUUGGAUCAACUUGGAAAACAACGCUUUGAUUCCUAAAAGCGUACCAGAUUCGAAACGAAUAAUGAUGAAACAUUACCGAACAUUAAAUAUUUACGUCUGCACCAUCGUACUUGUGUAUAUAUUUACAGCCGGGGAGUUCGUCAUUGAUUUUCUCGUAGCCACAAACCAUCGUGACAAUGAUACAAAUUUGGGUAACCUCUUACCAUUGACUCACAGCUGGUAUCCUCUCGAUUACGACCGAGGUUAUACCGUUCAGCUGCUGGCCGCUGCUCAAAUGAUAAGUAUGGUAUCAGCAUUGGUCGGAAGCACUGUAGUCGACGGUUUCUUCGUUAUUACGGUUCUGCACACUGCCGGUCAACUGGAGAUUCUGGGAGAUUUUAUUGAACGAACCAAGUAUGAUCCAAUGGACUACGAAUGUGACAAGACGAAAGUCAAAGAGAUGGCGAAGCGUCACCAGGUGUUGUUAAGCGUGGCAGACGACAUACAAGAAUGUUUCAGUGCAACUAUCUUGCUGUGCGUGACUGUCUCGUUAAUCAGUACUUGUUUCCACGCGCACGCAUUUCUCAGGGAAUUAGAAAGAGGUGGAGAUAAUCAACUGAUUGCGCUAAAGUACGGAUUUUCCUGUCUGGUAGGGCUGAUGAAUAUUUUCAUCUACAGUUUUGUUGGCGACAGUUUGACUAGUCAAGGUCUUGUCAUCGGGACGGUUACUUACAAUUCAGAAUGGUACAACGCUACUUCAUUUGUCAAAGGCCCGCUGUCAAUAAUAACGGCCAAAGCAUGGCAACCGAUUAUAAUCAGCGCAGCAGAAAUUUUCCCCCUCACGAUGCAAAAUUUCACAGUGGUAUACAAUGCGUGCUAUGUGUGGACGCCAAUGUGUUCGCUUCUGUUUCCUCGGUACCAAAUGAUCUCGUAUAAUUUAAUCAGAACGCAUACCUAUAUGCUUACAGAUGGUUAAAUCGAUCGCAUCAUAUCUUUCUGCACUACGAGCAAUGAGCAUGUCCAAAGAUGGUCGAGUCAACCGAUAAAUUCGUGCAAGAGUAGAAAACACGUUUAUCGUAUUUCAAGCUUCUGUACGAUGACAGGUAAUUUCUUUAAUUUCCAAAGUAGAAACAGUAAAUUACAUCGCACAGUCCUUUCUCCUGAAUAUUCAUCGAUAUUCAUAGUU